AUGAACAACAGCAACGAUAGCUAUCCCCUGGGGUUCGUCAGACGGGGUGAGAUCGAGAAUGUUUUUCUGGCACUAACAUUAGGCAUUGUGGCGUUGUUUUCUGUCUUUGGAAAUGUUGCUGUGAUUAUAGCGAUUUUCAUGAGCCAUGUCCUAAGAGAGGAAUUACCAAAUCGUCUCAUCGUCAACCUUGCUAUCGCUGACCUCACAAAUGGGUUUUUUGUCAUGUCCAGCAGUCUCUUGUCUGUGAUGGCCGACUGCUGGGAAUUUGGAGCGGUGUAUUGUGACUUUAUGUGUGCUAUGAACUACUGUCUCCUCAUCACCUCCAUGUUGACUCUGUGUUUUAUAAGUUGUGACAGAUUCCAAGCGAUUACCUAUCCGCUUCACUACCUGGACAGAAUAAAACCCGUACAUAUCAAUGUCAUGAUUGCCUAUUCGUGGUUACAGGGUGUUCUGUUUUCGGUGGUUCCCUCUGCGCUUGAUUGGGUGGAGUACGACUAUUGGGAGACUGUGUGCGCCAUACAGUGGCACAGAGAGCGACAAGCCAUAUACUAUGUAGUAUUUGCCUUUAUUUUGUGUUUUCUUCUCCCGGGAUUCAUUCUCAUACUCAAUUACUAUAAGAUUAUCAAACAGAUAAACACCAAAGUAACUUGCUCCACUGCACCCGGUAGUACAUACAGCACAAGUUCAAAGGCCAUUCGCAGCCUCCUCAUCGUUGUUAUCGCGUAUUUUGUGUGUAUGACUCCUUUCAGUGUGACCAAAUUGAUUAAGGUCUUUAUUACCCAAGAGACAUUGCUUAACAGUCGUGUGAAUUCUGCUGCCAGUGUUGUUGCAUUCAUGUCUAGUGCUGUAAAUCCGUUCAUUUACGGAAUAUUUCGCAAAGACUUCAGACGUGCUUACAAAAGAAUAGUUGUAUCCAUUUUGAAUAGAGGCAAAGAAAUAUGCUUUUAG